UCUUUGUCAACUUUACCAACUUGUCCUUUGCCCCAUCUUCCUCCCAACAGUUUGCCAUGUUACUACAGCUUUGUUGCUUUGUUCGAUCGGCGAAAUGGUCAACUCGAAUGCAUGUGUUUUAUGCCCCAAAAUUUUGUCGUUCCGGUGAGGCUGUAAAGUUUUGGACUUUCGUGGGGGUCCCAGUGGUCCAACAUUUAACGUGAUGGUUACGCGCGUUUCUUGGUUAAAUCUCUCCCUCUCCCCGCUAAGCAAAUCACACGAAGCCCGAUAGCGGGAAGUUACUAAGUUUCUAUGGAUUUCCGGCGAGCUUUUCCGGCAAUGUGUAACUUACUUGGUCGUGCGGCCCUCUUUCUCACUCUGGUUCACUCGGUGGUAGUGGCUCCGGUCUCUGCUCAGGGACCUAAGAAGACCAGUCCCUGGCCUACACUUAGCGGCAAUCCGCCUUUAGUCAUUGCACGCGGUGGGUUUUCAGGGCUAUUUCCUGAUUCUAGUUCACUUGCCUAUAAUCUGGCACUGCAAGUUAGCGUACCCAAUGUGCUCUUAUGGUGCGAUGUGCAGUUGACAAAGGAUGGAGUCGGGAUUUGUAUUCCGGACAUCAAGCUGGAUAAUGCUACUGACAUUGCGACUGGAAGUUUCAAAGACAGGAAUAACGUUUACUUUGUUAAUGGAGUCCCUACCCGAGGAUGGUUUUCUGUGGAUUUCACCUUCAACGAGUUAGCAAAUAAUGUCUUGCUCGCUCAAGGAGUCUAUUCUAGAACCAAUAAAUUUGAUGGCAAUGACAUCCGAAUCUUCACUGUUCAAGAUUUGGCUACCACAGUGAAGCCACCAGGCUUAUGGUUGAACAUUCAGUAUGAUGCAUUCUUCACGCAGCACAACUUGAGUAUGAGAGCCUUUGUACUUUCUGUGUCGAGAAGUGUGGCAGUUAGUUUUAUUUCAUCACCAGAGGCGGCUUUCCUAAGAAGUAUCAGGACACAAAUCAAUCCUAAAACGACAAAACUGGUCUUCCGGUUUCUAGGACAAGAUGAGCUUGAGCCUUCAACGAACCAGACGUAUGGUUCUUUGUUAAAGAAUCUUGCAUUUAUCAAGUCAUUUGCCUCCGGAAUUCUUGUUCCCAAAUCUUACAUAUGGCCUGUAGAUGCAACUCUUUACUUACAACCUCAUACCACUGUUGUCGUGGAUGCUCACAAGGGAGGACUAGAAGUUUUCGCAUCAGAUUUUGCAAAUGACGUUCCAUUUAGCUUCAAUUACAGUUAUGAUCCUGUAUCUGAGCACUUGUCUUUCAUUGACAAUGGUGACUUCUCCGUGGAUGGCAUGCUAACCGACUUUCCAAUUACUCCAUCGGCUGCUAUAGAUUGCUUUGCUCAUCUUGGCAAAGGUGCUUCACCACAAGAGAAGCCUUUGGUUAUCUCCAAAUGUGGAGCAAGUGGAGAUUACCCUGGUUGUACAGACUUAGCAUAUACACAAGCUAUUACAGAUGGUGUAGAUGUACUUGACUGCCCUGUUCAAAUGGCAAAGGAUGGGACACCAUUUUGCUUAAGCUCAAUAAAUCUCCUAGAUAGCACAACAGUUGCCGAAUCAAGUUAUAGCAACUUUACAACUUCUAUUCCAGAGAUUCAGGAUGGGAGUGGAAUAUUUACUUUUAGCCUAACAUGGAGUCAGAUUCAAGAAUUGAAACCGGCAAUAGCGAGCCCCUACUCCAAUUUUAAAUUGUUCCGGAAUCCAAAGUUCAAAAAUGCUGGAAAGUUUCUAACAUUGUCUGAGUUUUUGGCAUUGUCAAAGAACACGAACUCUCUUACUGGUGUCCUGAUCAGCAUAGAGCAUGCAGACUACCUUGGAAAGAAGCAGGGAUUAAAUAUAACCGAUGCAGUCAUCGAUGCCUUGAGCAAAGCUGGUUAUGAUACCCAGGCAUCCUUAAAAGUUAUGAUUCAGUCCAGUAAUAGCUCAGUCCUAACGAGAUUCGCGAACAAGAACAAUUAUGAGCUUGUUUACAAGGCAGAUGAUAAUAUUAUUGAUGCACCCAACUCAACCAUUGAGAACAUAAAGACAUUUGCCGAUUCUGUAGUUGUCAGCAAGGAAUCUGUCAUUCCUGAGAUUCAAGCAUUCCUCACUCAUGCUACUGAUAUUGUGUCGAGGCUACAGUCCGUUAAUCUCCCUGUUUAUGUAGAGACAUUCAGCAAUGAGUUUGUGUCUCAAGCAUGGGACUUCUUCUCAGAUGCAACUGUGGAGAUCAACACAUUUGUCAUGGGGACCAAAGUUGAUGGUGCCAUCACCGACUUCCCUAAGACAGCCGCCAGAUACAAAAGGAAUCGGUGCUUAGGUUUGGGCAAAGACACACCUUCAUACAUGCAGCCUGUUAAGCCUGGCAGUCUCUUUAAGCGCUUCGGUGUCUAAGAUAACGAGUCAUACAA